AUGGUGUCCAAAGUCUGCCUUGUCUUCGCUCUACUCUUCGCGGUCGCCGCCGCCAGGCUGCAUGACGACCAAUGGCACUCAUGGAAGACGGCGCACGGCAAGUUCUACGCGCAUCCGAAGGAGGAGGCUGCGCGGCGCCAGAUCUGGAUGGAGAACUCGGCGCGCAUCCAGGAGCAUAACGCUGGGAACCGCAGUUUCACUCUGGGACUCAACCAAUUCUCCGAUAUGACGCAAGAAGAGUUCCACAGUCAAUACUUGCCUUCUGAGGACAUGAAACUGGACGAUGACGUAACAUUCAAGGACUACCCAAUGGACGUCUCUCUUCCUGACUACCUGGACUGGAGAGAGAAAGACCUUGUCAGCCAGAGAACGGGCCACUGCUGCAGUAUGAGCACCCAGCAGCUCAUCGACUGCUCCUGGAAGUACGGGACAAACGGCUGCAACAGCGGAUCGCCCACUGCAGCCUUCAAGUACAUCAAAUACAACGGGCUCUGCCUCUCCUCGGCCUACUCCUACUUGGGCUAUGUGUGGAAGUGCAUGUCACAGUACUGCACGGCUGUGGUGGGGGUCAACAAGUACGAGUGUGUGACCAGCGGCAACGAAUACUAUCUUCAGCGAGCUCUGUACGAGAUUGGACCCAUCAGUGUGAAUUUGGACUCCAACAGCUACGAGUUCCAGUUCUACUCUGGAGAGCUCUACGUGGACUACAGCUGCAGCAGCUCCAAACUGAACCACGCCAUGCUACUGGUGGGCUACGGAACCUCCAACAGUGGCCAAACUUACUGGAUCCUGAAAAACAGGCAAAAUUAA